AUGGCGAUGACCAACUUAGACUUGGAUGUGCCGGAUUUUGGGCCAGACAGGAACUGGAAAGGUAUCGCCAUCUCUCUGCUGGUCAUCAUGGUCAUACUGUCACUCAUUGGACUGGCCAUCGUUCUUCUUUCCAAAAAUGAUGGCGCGAAGUCUUUAGGCACCCAAUUGACACUGGAUGACCUCUUUCAACGAGAGUUCCAGGUGCAUGACCCUGAUGCUAAGUGGAUCAAUGAUGAGGAGAUAAUUUUCAGGAGCUGGGACGGUGAUGUGUUCAAAGCCAACACGCAUAGCAAUGAGACAGACCUCUUACUAAAAAACACCACUUUUGCAACAUUUAAGGCCUCCAAGUUUGCAGUUUCUCCAGAUCUAAACUUCGUUCUUCUGGGCUAUGACGUGAAACAGGUGUACCGGUACUCUUUCCUGGCAUCCUACUUGAUAUACAACCUGCAUACAAGGGAGGUACAGGAGCUGAACCCUCCAGAGGUGUCGGACUCGGUCCUGCAGUUUGCUUCCUGGGGCGUUCGGGAUCAACAGCUGGUGUAUGUCUUUGAAAACAACAUUUACUACCAGACGGAUGUCAAAAGCAGUUCUUGGAGACUGACGUCUUCAGGACAAGAAGGAGUGGUCUUCAAUGGCAUCGCUGAUUGGUUAUAUGAAGAGGAAGUGCUGCACUCUCAAGUGGCACACUGGUGGUCCCCUGACGGGUCACGACUGGCCUACCUCAACCUCAACGACACUCUGGUACCCAACAUGCUCCUGCCUCGCUUCACUGGCGCCCUCUACCCCAGGGGCCAACUGUACCCUUACCCCAAGGUAGGGCAGGUCAAUCCCACAGUUAAGCUUUACGUCGUCACCUUGGAUGGGGGAUCCCAGACAACUGAACUGCGACCUCCCAACAGCUUUGAAAAAAGUGACUACUACAUAACCAUGGUGAAAUGGGUCACAGAGGAGAAGAUUGGUGUGCGCUGGUUGAACCGAGCCCAGAACACCUCCAUCCUGUCGCUAUGUGAGGUCACUAUGGGGGCAUGUCUAAAAAAACAUGUGAUUACAUCAGAGAAGUGGCUUGAUCGUCAGAAUGAAGAGCCAUUGUUUUCCAAGGAUGGGAAUACCUUCUUCCUGACCAUGCCAAUAAAACAUGGCGGACGAGGGUCAUUCCACCAUAUCACCAUGAUAUCUGACCAGUUCAAUGGUGAUGAGGUCAACAUGCGCCACCUGACCUCUGGCAGCUGGGAGGUGUCUCAGAUCCUGGAGUAUGAUGAGGAAGCAGAUACAGUUUAUUUCCUUAGCACAGAAGAUAGUUCAAUACAAAGACAACUGUACAGGGUGUCGGCGGUAAACCCAUUUCAACGUGAAUGCCUGACCUGCUCCCUGUUCAAAACACAAUGCUCUUACUACGAUGCAGUCUUCAACCAAGACUAUCAAUAUGUCCUGCUGAACUGUAGAGGUCCUGGUAUACCAAGAACCACCCUUUACAAACUGAAUGACAUGAGCAAGAAUGACACUUUGGAGAAGAACACUGCACUAAGAGAUGCACUGAUAUAUAGGAAUAUACCAAGGAGAGAUAUCAGGACCCUACAAAUCAACAACUUUGCACUUCGUCUGGAGCUGACCUUGCCAAUAGAUUUUGAUGAGGCCACAGCGCAUCCACUUCUGCUGAUCCUUGACAGUGCCCCCGGUGGCCAGGCGGUGAGUGACCAGUUUGUUCUUGACUGGGACUCUGUUCUGGUCAGCUCAGAUAACGUCAUUGUGGCUCGCCUGGACGGCAGUGGGAGUGGGUUCCUGGGCCAGCGGGUCCUACAUGAAGUCCACCAGCGUUUGGGAACUGUGGAGGUGCAGGACCAGAUCGCAGCAGUAGAGUACCUGACCAAGCUGCCAUAUGUGGAUAAAAAUAAAGUUGCUGUUUAUGGAAAGGCUUAUGGGGGUUUCCUGAGCUCUCUUCUACUCCUCUCCUCUGGCUCCAUGUUCAGAUGUGGGGUUGCAGUUGCUCCCGUGACAGACUGGAGACUCUACGGUUCGGCCUUCACUGAGCGUUACUUUGGGUUUCCAGUCCAGGAUGAGCGUAAAUACCAACUCUCCAGUCUGCUUCCCAACAUCACAGGCACAGGUCAACGGAAGUUUCUCAUCAUCCAUGGAACAGCAGAUGCCACCGUUCAUUUCCAGCAUUCCGCGGAGCUGGUGAAACUUCUGUCAAUAUCAAAUGUUAACUACACUCUGCAGAUCUUCCCGGACGAAGGCCACAACAUUUACUCUGUGAAGAGCCAACGCUACUUGUUGAACUCUGUCAUGACCUUCUUCAGGGAAUGCUUCCUAGUGGAAAUCCCUGUAGCUCAUCCUGUGUCUGAGGAUGACUAGGAUGACCAUAUCUCACCUUGUUUUUGUAGAACCUGUUGCUCCUGGAAACGAGAAAGUGGUCUAUGACCUGCUUGUCUGAGGAACCACCAGUGAGAAGUGGUGAGGUAUGGUGAGACAAAGUGAAUGAGAGAGGGGUCAGACAAUGUUGUUGUGCUCUAUGAAGGGUAAUGAUAGGCUGAGAUGAGAUUGAAGAUUUUUCCUGUACAGUGAUAAUUUUUCCUAUUGCUAUGAUCACACAAUAGUUCACAUAGAAACAUUUUUGGGUAUUACCAGUGUUCUGCAAAUAUCAUAAGUAUACAGUUAGCGUGGUAGAGUUUCAGUAGAGAAGAAGGGAAACUUCAUAUUAGCUGUUUGUAUGGGAGAUAUGUUUUUGUCUUUACUGUUAAAGAUGUGAAGGGAGAUAUUUAUUUAUUUUUCCUUUUAAAGAAUAUAGUUAUUUCAGACAGCUGUAAUGUAUUGUGAAUUUUAUACCUAGAUACAUAUUCAAUUCUAAUAUGGCAUUUAAGCAGGCGCUUUUUAUCCAAAGCAAUUUACAGAGUAUGCAUUAGGGACAAAUACAGGUAAACGGGAUCCUUGGACUUCACUCUUCACAUUUCCCCCCCAAAAUAAAAUGACCUGGGAAAUUAAAACAUUUCCCCCAAUAUUGCACUAAUGCAAUUUUACAAAAUACACAAUCCUUGCAGAAGCAAAUUGGCAAACAUUUUAUAUAUAGCACAUUAUCCAAUCAGGUUAUCGCAUGGAAGCCUUUAGUCUAGAGAAUUUACUUCACACAAAGUCACAAUAAAUUCAAAGCACACACAAAAUUGACACUGCUGGACCGCAGACAAUACUUAAAUACAGUUUAGAGUUCUCAUCAGAACUGAAUAUUCUAAAAUGAGCCCGAACCCCCCCAAAAAAAUCCAGAUAAAAAAAACAACAACUAUAGGCUAUAUUGAUUUAAAAUGGUGUUGAGUACAACGUGGCGGUUGGGGUCCUUGCAGAGGAGUGAGUGGAUGAGGAAACAGCCAUUGGGACUAGAAAAAGCACAAAGAGAGGAAAACUCACCUUAUUUAUGAUCAACUGAUGCUGAAAAUAUUAUAAUCAAAUAGGCUCAUGCAAUUGAAAGCAUUGCUGCUACUGAAACUCACUCGGUCAUAUAUUCAACCGUUAUUCUAAUGUAGUUUGAGAGUUCUUUCAAUGGUGGAUGGAUGACUAUCUAUGUCAGGGGUGUCAAACUCAUUCCAUUUAGGGCCCAGUGUCUACUGGUUUUUGUUUUUUUCCUUUCAAUUAACACCUAUACAACCAGGU